UUACCGCUCAGAUGGAUGAAGCGGGGAACGGACAGAAAGAGGGUUUACGGUCUUUCCCUUUGUUAGAAACAUCCGAAGAUGUCGCUGGAUAAAAACUUAACGCUUACUCUGGAGAACGCCUUCCAGAAAAUCUUUGAAAAUUACAUGAAUAGUUGGCGUGACAACAUGACGGCCGAGAACGACCAGCUGCAGGAGACCGUCAGCGCCGAGAACUUCGACUACGUUAUCUUGUAUCUCAUGGUAAUGAUCGGGAUAUUUUCAUUCAUCGUUGUCGCCAUCCUGGUGAGCACCGUCAGGUCAAAAAGGAAUCAAAGCUCAGAGGAGAAAUACGAAGACCCCUACCAGAGGUACAUUGCCAAUGACUGGACCGAGAGCAAAACUCAAUGCGUCGUGAUGGAAAACCCCGUUGCCAGGUCAUAUACCACACCGGCGUCGCCAUAGAUACAGAGGCACUAAAAUGUAUCCACUAUACAUGUCAUUUACGUGGAUAUGAUUAGUAAUUAAAGAUUUUAGGCAUCUGCUUAUGACGGA